AUGGAGAAUAUUCAAUAUGACCCAGAGGAACCGGCGUUAUUCCUGAGGGCAUCUGAACAGGGCCGGGAUAUACCACAAGCGGCGCCAAGGUUGACUGUUACUCAGAUUGCUGCACGACCAGAUUCACCACAACCGGUACAGGAGCCAGGUCCGUGGAGUCGUACUCAAACUCAUCCGCAACAGCCAACCUUGAUGACAAGAUCAAUAAAUAAUACUGCUGCACAAGAGGUGUCAAUGCCGCAGGUUGAAAAUUACCCAGCAGCAGCACCAAGACGUCGAAUUGCACAUGUGCCACAACCUGCUCCACGACCACCACAACCUGCUUCACGACCUGUUCCACGACGACCACCACAACCUGCUCCACGACGACCACCACAACCAGCUCCACGACGACCACCACAACCUGCUCCACGACGACAACCACAACCUGCUCCACGACGACCACCACAACCAACUCCACGACGACAACCACAACCUGCCCCGCGUCGAGCAAUUGAAAUUGCUGCUCGACCCUUAAAAAGUACUGCUCAACAACGCUUGACAAAAGCGAUGAGAGCAAUGGUGACGGCUUCAACUAGGAACAGGCGUUAA